AUGAGCAACGAAAGACCAAGAGAAAAACAAAUGCCAAAACAAAAAUAUGGCUUUGCUAAACCCGAAUAUAUACCAACUACAGUUUCAGAAGCAUUAAAAUUAGAAUCAGAAGAACCUAAAUUAAAUCUUAUUGUACAAUUUAAAAAUAAAGAUAGUGAAGACGAUACAACUGGUCCACCAAUCAGCAUUUCACAAAACGUAUCAACUGAUCAAUUACAAUUAUUAAUUAAUAGUUUAUUAAAUAAUGAUGAACAAUUACCAUAUUCAUUUUUUGUUAAUGAUCAAGAAAUUACAAAUAAUUUAAAAAACCAUUUAGAAGAUAUAUCAGAUGAAACUACAUUAAAUAUUUAUUACCAACCACAAGCAGUAUUUCGUGUUCAACCAGUCACAAGAUGUCAAAGUUCAAUGUCAGGACACACAGAAGCUGUUUUAAAUUGUGCAUUUAGUCCAGAUGGUACAGGAUUAGCAUCAGUUGGUGGUGAUACCACAUUAAGAAUAUGGGAUUUAAAUACAAAUACACCACUUCAUACAUUAAAAGGACACACCAAUUGGGUACUUCAAGUAGCUUGGUCACCAGAUUCAAAAAAAAUAGCGACAGCAGGUAUGGAAGGUGAAAUUAGAAUUUGGGAUCCAAAGACUGGUAAACAAAUCGGUCAAACUUUAAGAGGACACACUAAAUUCAUUACAGGAUUAGCAUGGGAACCAUUUCAUUUAAAUCCAAAUUGUGCACGUUUAGCAUCAUCAUCUAAAGAUUCAACAGUUAGAGUUUGGGACACAGAGUUACAACGUUGCACCAUGACAAUGUCUGGUCAUACCAUGUCGAUUACUUGCAUUAAAUGGAGUGGUGAAGGUUUAAUUUAUACAGGUUCUCAAGAUAGAACCAUUAGAGUUUUCGAUGCAAACCAAGGUAAAUUAGUUAGAGUUUUAGAGGGUCACGCACAUUGGGUCAACACUUUAGCAUUAAACACUGAUUAUGUUUUAAGAACUGGUCCAUUCGAUCACACCGGUAAACAUUAUGACACCCUUGAGGAGUCGCAAGCUGCUGCAUUAGAGCGUUACAAUCAAGUUAAAGCAAAGAAUAAAGGCAUGGAAAUUUUGAUAUCUGGUUCUGAUGAUUUUACAGUAAUCAUGUGGAAUCCUUCUGUAACCAAAACUAAACUUAAUCGUUUGACCGGUCACCAACAAUUAAUUAAUCUUGUAACCUAUUCCCCUGAUGGUCGUUACUUUGCAAGUGCUAGUUUUGAUAAAUCCAUCAAACUUUGGGACGGUAUAACUGGUAAAUUCAUCUGUAACUUUAGAAACCAUGUUAGCGCUGUUUAUCAAAUUUGCUGGUCCUCUGACAGCAGAUACUUGGUUAGUGGCAGCAAAGAUAGUACUCUUAAAACUUGGGAUAUUAAAACAAAGAAAAUGUAUAACGAAUUACCCGGUCAUGCUGAUGAAGUUUAUACAGUUGAUUGGUCUCCAAAUGGUGAAAAAAUUGCAUCAGGUUCAAAAGAUCGUUUAUUAAAAAUUUGGGCUUUAUAA